UGCACUCAAAGGAUCUGAUUUUGCGAAUUACUAAUGGGAAGAUAAGCACAUCAUUUCCUCUCCUUUCACCUCAGUUUACUCCUCUGUAGAAAUAAGUUGAAAUAAAUAUCUCAAAAGAUUCCUUCUGCCUCUAAAUCUCCUAAUGACAACUAUAUUCAUAUUUUCAUGGUGCUUUAUGAUUACAAAGUGCUUGCCAAAAAAAAUACUGACAAGCAAAUAUUAUUAAGGCCAUUUUACAGAGCAGGGAAACUGAAGCUCAGUGAUAUGAAGGAAUAUGCCUGCAACCAUCGUUCAACAGGGCUGUUUCUCCUGCAGUCCAGUUUGUAACAAAGGAAUAACUGGACUUGGUGUUAGGGAGUCCUGAAUUCAAGUCUUACCUUUGAUUUGAACUCAGGUGUUCCUGACUCCAGGCUCAGUUCUCUGACCCACCAAAUAAAAUAAAACUUUACAAUUAUUGAAUGGCUUUCGUUAUAGCUAUUGAUCAAAAUUUUGGCUUUGUCCGGUAUGACCUCGGACAAUUACUCUCGGAGUCUUUCCUCUUGUGUAAAAUGAAGGAUUUGGACCAGAUGAACUCUAAAGUCCUUUCCAGCUCUACAUGGAUCUCAUAUUGAAUAAAAGACUAAUCUCAGAGAGGAAAAGAAGGUGUUUCUCCUCUCCUAGUUUUUUCUAAAGUUCCAAACGUUAAGACGCUAGAAAACCACUCCAGUAGGAGCCGCUGCACAAAAAUGUCCCUUCUCACUUGCCAUAAUCCUCUUUUCACUACACCCCUGACCCCUGACCCCGAGAAGCCACCGCCAGAAGGAAAGAUGGCGGCGGCGGCGUGGUUGGAAAACGGGUAUCUGUGGCAGGCCUUCCGCAGGGUUCCAGGAUGGAAAAGUCCCUGUCCUAAGACCUGGGCCCACCGCCGUCAGCUCUCCUCACGCCCUCCCCAGCCUUCGGCCUCGGUCAUCCGAACUGCCUUCCUUCACUUCUUCCGGGAUCGUCAUGGCCAUCAGCUAGUGCCCUCUGCCUCCGUAAUGCCUCGCAGCGAUCCUGGCCUGCUCUUCGUCAAUGCGGGAAUGAACCAGUUCAAACCAAUCUUCUUGGGCACAGUGGACCCUCGAAGUGAGAUGGCCCGGUUCCGACGAGUAGCCAACAGCCAGAAGUGUGUUCGGACAGGAGGGCGACAUAAUGACCUGGAGGAUGUAGGCCGAGACCUUUCCCACCAUACCUUCUUUGAGAUGCUUGGCAACUGGGCAUUUGGAGGUGAAUACUUUAAGGAAGAGGCCUGCAGCAUGGCCUGGGAGCUGCUGACCCACAUCUAUGAAAUUCCUCAGGACAGACUAUGGGUAACUUAUUUUGGUGGUAAUCCUCCUGAGGGGCUGGCCCCAGACUACGAGAGCAGGGAUAUCUGGCUCAGCUUGGGGGUACCUUCUUCCCGGGUGCUUUCCUUUGGACCAUCAGAAAAUUUCUGGGAGAUGGGAGAGAUAGGACCUUGUGGACCCUGUACUGAAAUCCACUAUGACCUAUCAGGAGGAGUGGGUCCUCCCCAACUGGUAGAGCUCUGGAAUCUGGUCUUCAUGCAGUAUAACAGGGAGGCAGAUGGAAGCUUGCAGCUCCUGCCCCAUCGGCAUGUGGACACUGGCAUGGGCCUGGAAAGGCUGGUGGCUGUGUUGCAGAACAAACGUUCUACCUAUGACACAGACCUCUUCUCCCCGCUGCUUACAGCUAUCCAGCAGGGCUGCAGGGCACCCCCAUACCAGGGCCAGGUGGGUAAGGCAGAUGGGGGACACACAGACAUGGCGUACCGAGUGGUGGCCGACCACAUCCGCACCCUGAGUAUCUGCAUGGCUGAUGGGGUUUAUCCCGGCAUGUCUGGAGCCUCACUAGUUCUCCGACAGAUCCUUCGUCGAGCCAUUCGUUUCUCCUCAGAGGUGCUCCAGGCACCUCCGGGCUUUCUAAGCAGCCUGGUGCCCAUCGUUGUGGAGACACUGGGAGAUGCCUACCCAGAGCUGCAGAAGAACACCACCCAGAUUACCAGCCUGGUGGCAGAGGAAGAGACUGCCUUCCUCUCUUCCCUAGAGCGAGGCCGCCGUGUCAUCGAUCGGACCCUGCAGCAGCUGGGCCCCUCUCACCUGUUCCCAGCUGAAGUAGCCUGGUCCUUGUCUGGGAACCUGGGGCUGCCUCUGGAUCUGGUGGGGCUGAUGCUGGAGGAGAAGGGUGUGCAGCUGGACUCAGCUGGUCUGGAGCAACUGGCCCAGGAGGAGGCCCAGCGACGGAGCCAAGCCCAGCAGGCCAAGCCAGCAAAGAAAGCGGAGCUGCGCCUGGACAUCCAUGCUCUGAGCCAGUUGCAGAGGCAGGGGGUCCCCCCGACCGAUGACUCCUCCAAGUAUAACUACUCAUUGCUGCCUAACGGCUCUUAUGAAUUUGGAGCCUGUGAAGCUGAGAUAAUACAGUUGUAUACGCUGGAUGGGGCGGCCACGGACUCAGUGGGGGAAGGUCAACGUUGUGGCCUUCUUCUGGACAAGACCAACUUCUAUGCUGAGCAAGGAGGCCAAGCUUGUGACCGGGGCUAUCUGAUAUGCAAGGGGCAACAAGAUGUGCUAUUCCCAGUCAUUGGGGCUCAGAUUUAUGGGGGUUUCAUUCUUCAUGAGGUGAUAGCCCUGGAGACCUUGAAGGUGGGAGACCAGGUCCAACUGCAUGUGGAUGAGGAAUGGCGUCUGGGCUGCAUGAAGAAACACACGGCCACCCAUUUGCUGAGCUGGGCACUGCGGCAGGAGCUGGGCCCAAACACACAGCAGUGUGGUUCCCACCUGAGCCCCGAGAGACUUCGCUUUGAUGUGGCCACCCUGGCUCCAUUGACAUCUGAGCAGCUUCAGGCAGUGGAGGAGACCAUCCGAGUGGCUGUAGGGCAGGACAAGCCUGUGUACAUGGCUGAGGUGGCUCUGGAGCUAACCACCCAAAUUCCAGGCUUGCGCUCACUUGAUGAGGUCUACCCUGACCCUGUGCGGGUGGUGUCCGUCGGGGUACCUGUAGCCAUUGCCCUGGCCCCCACCUCCCAGGCCGCACUGCAGACAUCUGUAGAACUGUGCUGUGGCACGCACCUGCUACGUACAGGGGCCAUUGGAGACCUGACUAUAGUUGGAGAAAAGCCACUGUCCAAGGGCAUCGUCCGCCUGGUGGCUGUCACGGGGGAGCAGGCCCAGCAGGCCCGAGAUGUUGGCCAGAAUCUGGCUCAAGAGGUUGAAGCGGCUUCAGCUCGACUACACCAGGGAAGCCAGAAUGUUGUGGAGGCUCAGCAUCUCUCCAAGGCUGUGGGGCGGCUCAGUGAUACAGUGGACACAGCUGUGAUGCCCCAGUGGCAGCGUCGGGAGCUGCAGGCCAUCCUGAAGAGACUGCAGCGUCGUGCCAACACUGCCAUCCGAAAACUGGAGAUAGGGCUGGCCACAGCAAAAUCCCGGGAGAUACUGGAGAAACACCCUGUGGGCCCCUUCAUUGUGGACACAGUCCCAACUGAGUCCCUCUCGCUGCUAGUGAAGGUGGUGAAACAGCUGUGUGAGCAAGUCCCUGGUGCCUCCGUGUUACUCCUCAGCCCCCAAGCCCCAGGGAAGGUGCUCUGUGCCUGCCAGGUGGCCCAGGACGCAGUAUCCACCCUCACCGCUGAAACCUGGGCAUCAGCCGUGUGUAGCCACAUGGGAGGCAAGGCCUGGGGCUCCCGAGCUGUGGCUCAGGGAUCAGGGAACACCAGUGACCUGGAGGCUGUGCUGAACAUGGCUCGGGCCUUUGCCCUCAACCAGCAGUAACCCAGGACUGUUGGGUGAAGAGGAGCAGGGAGGCCCAGUGGGGUGGGAACCAGAGGCCUUGGUGACCAAUGACUAGGAAACUAAGGAUAUCAGUCAAGAGCUCAGGAGAGCCUCAGCUUAACUGUGGGUCCUUCAUCUGUGCCGGUCUCCCUCAGUGGGGAGCCCAGGGGACCUUCCCACAAAGUGAGGAUGUGUAUCCAGUGUGUUUCUUAGCUAUGAACACUGUGCCGAAGCUGUGGCUGCCUAUGGAAAAGGACCGGCGGCUCUCACACGUUCCUAGGAAGGAGAGAGGUCUUUCCUUUCCCUUCCCAUCUCUGAACAGAGUGCUCAGCAGCACUUCUGUCCAUGUCUUGUUCCCUCGGGCCUGAGCCUAGGGUCCGAAACCUGUCACCACUGAUUCAGCAUCUCCACAGAUGACAUCAAACCUGAACAAGUGACAGGGAUGAGCUUAGCCUUCUUUGUCCCCAGAGCUAAAGGGCAUAGAGGCCCUGGCCUGGCACUCUAAGAGCCCUCAGACCAGAUGGAAGAUUAAACAACACUUGUGCCCAGAGCAAGCAACUCUGACUACCUCCUCCCUCCUGGACUGGUCCUCAGGAGGACAUUGGAGGGCCCAACAGGACACCUGCUGAAAUGCCAGCCUACUUCCCUCAGUCUAGGCAUCUCACACUUCUGUCUCCUGGCAGUUUUUUCCUAGACUCUGCCAUCAAAUGCUGGGGAAGCUAGGAAUGAGCCUCAAUAAGGGUGAGGAGAGAUGACCUAGGACAGCUUUCCCUUCAGGUCUCUGCAGCUGGAUUUGGAUUUCUGGCCGAGCAUCAAAAUUGUAAAAGGCCUCCAGUUUACCAGCAUCCAGUGGUGUCAUUUGUGAAUUUUAAAAGUCUCCAUCUUGGUCUAGCACCCAAAAAUUGUGCACACCCACCUACACGGGCAUGCGCUAGUCAAUGACUAAUCAGAAAUAAUUAACUGCCCACCUGGGCUGUCCUAAGCCAAGCUAGAGCCAACCAUUGGAUUUGUGAGACACAGGAAGUGAGGUAGGGAACAGCCUCUGGAAUUCGCGGAACUUCCUGUGGAGAGAGCUAGAGGGAGUUGGUGUUAGGAGCUUGGAGAGAGAGGACGCCCGCAGACAGCUUUCCUUCAGAUCGGUCACGUGAGUUAAGGACUGGUUCUUUCCACCUGGGCCUUUAGGCCUAAACUCCCUCUGCCUUGGUCAGAGGUUGAGUAGCCCCUUUUCCCUUUUCUCUUCUCUCCUUCUCUCCCUCUCCUUUUCCCUACUCCCGUUGUGAUUAAACCUCCAUAAACUCCA